UUCAAUCAUCUAUAAUCGAUGCCCUCCAGGAUUCCACCAUGGAAGCCCAGGCGGAGACACAGCGAGUGAAAUCUGUAGUUUCUAAUCUCUGCAAAAUCCCGCUCCUCCUUCUGCUCCUGUACCUCUUCGUGUGCUCCCUUGAUAUUUUAAGUUCUGCCUUCCAACUAGCUGGAGGAAGGGUAGCAGGAGACAUCUUUCAGGAAAAUGCCCUCCUAUCUAACCCACUAGCAGGGCUGGUGGUGGGAAUAUUGGUGACGGUGUUGGUUCAGAGCUCCUCCACCUCUACCUCCAUUAUAGUCAGUCUCGUCUCUUCUGGUUUGCUGGAUGUUAAGUCAGCUAUUCCUAUUAUCAUGGGCUCCAACAUCGGAACGUCAGUCACCAAUACUAUCGUUGCUCUAAUGCAGGCUGGGGAACGAGAUGAUUUUGAAAGGGCAUUUGCUGGAGCUACGGUGCACGACUGUUUUAACUGGUUGUCUGUCUUGGUGCUUCUCCCUCUGGAAGCUUUGAGUGGGAUGUUGAGGCGACUGUCGCAGGCCGUGGUCGGCACACUACAGCUGAGUACUGGAGAAGAAGCUCCUGAACUCCUCAAAGUCCUCACUGAGCCGCUCACUAAAAUGAUUAUCCAGCUGGACCGGUCGGUCAUUACAGCCAUCGCUACAGGAGACCAGAGUGUGAGGAACAAGAGUCUGGUGAAGCAAUGGUGUGAAAGCACAACUAUGAAGGUACUAGUAAGACCCAAUGCGUCUCAUUUUUAAUGUCAAGACAAUGACACAUCCUGGGGAACACACAACCUUUCAGCGCACAUACAGAAAUGUAGGCAUCUCUUUGUGGACUGCUCUCUGUCAGACUUGGCCAUAGGUCUGGUCCUCCUGGCUUGCUCCCUGUUGGUGCUGUGCAGCUGUCUGAUGCUGCUGGUUAAACUGCUCAACUCCCUGCUGAAGGGCCAGGUGGCCAGUGUCAUCAACAAAGUUGUAAAUACAGAUUUCCCCUUCCCCUUCACCUGGCUGGCAGGUUUUCUGGCUCUCUUAGUGGGAGCCGUCAUGACCUUUUUGGUUCAGAGUAGUUCUGUCUUCACCUCUGCCAUAACUCCUCUCAUAGGGAUUGGUGUGAUCAGUAUUGAAAGAGCCUACCCUUUAACCCUGGGGUCCAACCUGGGAACCACUACAACAGCUACACUGGCAGCCCUGGCUAGUCCUGGAGAUAAGCUAGCUGCUGCCACACAGGUUGCUUUGUGUCAUUUUUUCUUCAACCUCUUUGGUAUCCUGCUGUGGUAUCCCGUGCCAGCCACCCGCCUACCUAUACGUAUGGCCUGUGCCCUUGGCAACUGCACUGCCAGGUACCGCUGGUUUGCCGUGCUGUACCUCCUCCUCUGCUUCCUGUUACUCCCGUCCCUCGUGUUCGCCCUCUCCAUGGCCGGGUGGAAGGUGAUGACGGGGAUUGGCGUGCCGGUCAUCGUGGUGAUUAUAUCAGGUGCAACGCUUAACCUGCUCCAGGCGUGCAGACCUGUUUGGUUGCCACUUAGACUGCAGAACUGGGACUUUCUUCCCAUUUGGAUGACCUCACUGCAGCCCCUUGAUGACCUCAUCACCAGGGUGACCCUGAGGUGCAGGCAUGCAAGAGGUAAACAUCAUACGCGAGACUUUUCAAGUUGGAGCUGCAAGGGAAAUGACGGCCCAGUAACAUCACUGGAGGGCAUUACCGUCAAGAUCAACCCCGAGAGAAAAGUCAGAGGGAAAUGGGAGCAGAGUGGGGAAGGACAGGAGAUAGAUGAGAGCUGGAGGAAACAAGGAAACUGCUCGGCUGCAGAGGGCUCCAUCGGUAAAAACACAAACUUUCAGGGCACUCAACUGAGCAGCACUCAGUUGUAG